UUGUAUCUGGUAUCAGUGUGUUAUUGAAACACCGUGAAAAGACAACAAUGAUCCUGGAAAAUUGACUAAAAUUGCCUUUCACCAAUAAUGCUCUGUGUAUAGGCCUACAUAUAACGUUUCGACUACGGUACCUUUGCUUUAUAUAGGUGUGUUUAUAUUUUGUUUAUACUUGUUCAAAUCAGGUUAAGAGUGAACUUAGUUUGAAAGAAACAGUUUAAUGAACAGUUGUACGUCGAGAUGAAUGAAAAAGAUAUAAGCUUUCUACGGGGUUUCUACUCAUAUGAACGUAGUUUUAAUUUGCGCGUACUUGCAGACGAUAAGGAGAUUAAAACAGCCUAUGAACAAGCACGAAUAAGAGGAAGACUUCCUUUUAACAGAUCAAAAAUCUUAAUUUUAGGAGACCAAGGUGUGGGAAAAACAUCGACAAGUAGACGCUUGCAAGGUAAGGAUUUUCGGCAUGACGAGCCAAGUACACCAGGAAUCGAAACAAAUACUGUCAAAGCAAAAGUUAGUGAUGUUAACGGUAAGUGGCGUGAAGUAUCAAAUACACCACUAGAAGACUUUGAAACUUCGGCAGCAUGGUGGGCCGUAUCACAUAUGAGGAAACAGGAUGCGAAUGAAACCACAAGGCCCGGUAGCAGGUCUGAAGUCAAUCGACAGAUCUCGCCUACAUUUAUAAAGAAAGACACAUUUUAUCAGAUAACACACGCUAUUCCCGUUUUAGUUAUGUUUUUAGACGGUGUGUUUACAUUCGGAUUUGGACUAGGUGUGUGGAUGUAUAUUAUUUACUUGAUGUACGCAACCGAUGUCCACACUGCGUACCGCUUCGGUUGCGGAUACACUAUUGGAGUGGCAUUCGUAGACAGCGUAAUUAAGUUGCGUCUGUGGAUCAACAUUUCUACUUUGACGAUGGUUCUGUAUGUAGUAGCUGGCUUAAUUGCUGGCGUGCUUAUGGGAAUAGGUGGUAGAACUGGAAUAUGCAUAGCAUUCUGUAUUAUGGUGCAUCCUAAACAGAAAACAUUUACCAUUGAUAAUGUUAAAGAAAUGCUAUUAGUCAUCUACAGCAACACAUAUUAUAAUUUGAUAAUUAUCAUACUUAUAAUUAUUAGUUUGCUAACGUUUAAGAUAUUGUCGAUGAGUCGACGGAACUGUAUACCUGUAUUAAUACUCAUUUUUUUUUGUCUCACAGCCGCGGGCUUUAUUGGAGGUCCGGAUUUGUUACGCUUUAUGUUUAUAUGUACAUGUAUUUUUGUACUUGCGGCUGGAGUCCUUUUAGGAAGAAAGUUUGUUGCUUAUGGGUAUAUUCCUCAAAUGUAUAUUAUAAAGAAAUCUGUUGGUUUUGUAGCUGGUAUAUUUAUAGCAUAUUUUUGUGGGUGGGAACUGGUAGAUUUAAGAACUCUAAACUUACAUACCCAAUAUUCUCUUUCACGAUAUUUGUUGAGCUUAUUCCUCUUUCUGACACCGAUCAUUGCCUUUUUUGUCUACGAAUGGUUUUCGUAUGUGAAAGUGAAGAAUACAACCUCCAUACCGGUAAAGCAUAUAAAAAAAUCAAUGGAAGCAGGUAUUCGUAAUGAACCCUAUUUGGAUGCUAGACUCAGUCUAUGGGACUUUGCAGGACAAAACAUAUACUAUAACACCCACCAUCUUUUUAUGCCAAAGCAGGGCGUCUAUCUAAUACUGUUCAACACCGUUAACGCGGUUAUAAAUCCUGGAGAACAAAUAAAACGGCUACAAUUUUGGUUGCAAUCAGUUGCUAUGCAUGGAGACAUUACAAAUGUCGUAGUGUUUCUUGUAGGAACAAGACGAGAAAGUGUUAUUGACAUAAAUGCGCUUUCGCAUUUUACUCAACUUGCGAAAGCACGUCUCUACAAACCGUUUUCUAGGUUACUUGCGUUCCACCCUUUAGGUAACUUUUUCUUUUUUAUAGAAAAUUCGUUAGAAGUAGACCAAGAACGAAACGUGCUACGAACAGUUAUCUAUAAUGAGAUUAAAAAAUUGGAUUUUUUUCAGGAGAAUCAUUCAGUAAAAUACCUUUUAUUUCAUGAAAUUUUGAACAGGUUUCGCCUACAAAAAUACAUUAUCAUGAGUUUAGUAGAGAUCUUUGAGGAAGUCAAAUCAGCAUGUAAUAUAAUUUCUCAGAAUGAGUUGUGCCAAUUCUUGAACUUCUUUGACAGAUCUGGUGAUGUCAUAUACAAUGAACGUGAUGAGACACUCCGACAUUACGUUAUAUGUGACCCUCAAAUGCUCAUAGACAUUCUGACAAUAUUAGUCAAUGUGCCUGAACCUCACCAAAGAAAUCGGACAGUAGCUGGUUUAUGGCAGCAUUUGGAAGACACUGGCAUUGUUGACAGUGAAUUACUUGAACACAUAUGUAGAGAGAAAAACAUUUGGCGACAUUACCCUUACAUAAUUCGUUUCUUAGUGGGAACACAUCUACUGUUCCCGCUUAAAGUUAUUGAUCCAAUCGACCAAGUCGGCACUUUUUUUCUUUCCUGUCGACUGCCACCAAAGAUCAAUUUAAUGUCAACACAGAACAGCAGUGUUCACUCGCAAGACAUUUUCUAUUUCGACUUUGGUGAAAUUCUUCAAGAAUUUAUAUUUCUACGUCUCAUCGCUGAAUGUUGUAAAGAGUUUAGUUGGGAUGAGAUCCAUUCCAAUGAAGCAAAAUUUAGGACAUGUAAAUCAUGUCUUUUCGUCAUUACUACAGAAGUAAUUUCUGGAAACAUUACCGGUAAUUCAUACGACAGAAAUCUUAUCAAAGUUGAAGUUGUAAGUGAAGACAACACUCAAACUAUGUUCGUUCUACAGAAAAUGAUUAUUUUUAUUGAAGAAAUAAUCAAUCGGGAUUUCAACCUGGACUACUUUAGGAAAAAGUACAUCUGUGGACCUGUGUGUGGAAAGUGUAGUUCAUUAGAUGGAACAAUGUGUUUGGUGAACCUCAUUUCUCAUGGAAAUGAUAUAUCUACACUGGAUGGCUAUAAACCAGAUAUUUAUCACAGGAUCACACUUGAGCUAAAGUUGAAUGUCACGUGCAGUCGAAUAAUAGGCAUUGGGAUAUGAGAAGCUACUUACUACUCAACAGCGACAAUCAAAUUGGUAAAGCCCUACGAACUUUAUGUGACCUCUAUGACAAUAAUUCAAGAACAAAAGUUAAAUAUGACCCGUAUUUUAUAUGGAUACGCAUAAGGACGUGAAUAAUACCUCCUCGGGUCUCCUGUAUUCUAUUAUAUAAACCCAACCAACUUUUUGAUAAAUAAUCUACAUUGACAUUUAAGAGGGAAAUUACAAAAACGAUAUUAUGACUUCAACGAAAGGCUUGGACAGCGGGCACAGAAGAUAAGGAAGCUAAUUGCCGAAAUAUCCAUGUUACGAAAUAUCUAUCAUGCAUAUUAAUCCAUACUUCUCCAAAUCCUGCCAACUACAGCUCUACUAUAAAUUACUUCUUCACAUUGGAACAGUAGAUAGACCAUACUAUUAUUCGGAGAGUAUCCCCAAUUCGACUGGAUUCCACUGCUUUUCUUAUAAAGACCUAUGAUUUAAAAUGUUGAUAUUCACAGUCUAUGGCCUUCUGUGAUUGAUUCAUGUGUAAGCCUACCCCCAUCUCCACCUUCUCUAUUGCCAUUGGUUAUCUCCUACCUUACGUCUCGGGAAGGAGUAGAACAUGUUUAUACAAUAUGUUUCGUAAAAUAUUAUUUUAAAAUAGUUUACGUGUACACUUACGAUGGAGGCAAGUAUGCGCUAGUUGACCAUCAAGUACUGGUAAACGGAACGGUGAUGCUGGUUUCUUUGCUUAAAUUAUACCUCGACUCUUACAGCACAUUCCAGAAUAUGCUUUACAACAAAGAAAUUGUCCACUAUGCGUACCCUAUUUGGAGGGAACUAUUCGAAUACGUGAAAUUGAUAAGGGAUUGGGCACACGGUCAUACACGAAACUUUAUAAUUUUUAGUUUAUUGACGUUCAUUUAUGUUAUUUUGCUGAUGGCAAACAUUCACUAGGGAUCUGUACUGGAAGUUGACAAGAGGGUUUCGUUUACUGUAUUUUGGGUGAGGGGAAUGAAUUUAGGUGAGGGGAAAUUAUAUGAGCAUGCAGGAAUCAUCAUUUGCUUGCAUUGCAAAUAUAUACUUUUUUAAAUAAUCAUGUGCCAAAAUAGACUUACUAGGCCUAUUUUGAUUACCUACCAACAACAGUAUAAAAGGUGCCAUUAUGCCGCCGAUCCGAGAGGAAAACGAACAAACACCGACACCAAGAUUUCUGAAAAUACAGGUAUAACACAUAAGAAAAUUGUGUAAAAACAGCUAAUCUGUUCACAGUAUAACAGUUUCUCCUCCUGAGCCUGACUACAAUAUUUGGUUGAGACACUUAGAGAAUGACAGUAGUGAAGGUGAUAGCCGUUGUGUUAGUUACGUCAAAGAUUAUACUCUUUGGUUGCAUGUACAGUACCUUUGAAACUGUGAUUAAAAAACGAUUGUUGCUAAGUUAGUGUUAUUGUUAUAAAACAUAUUUGUGGAAAUUGUCAAUUCCAUCUAUUCCUCAACAACCAGUAUCCGUAAGUAUUUUUCUAUUUUACAAAGUUUACAGAUAUAAACGAUGAGGAAACAUUACAUAGAUUUUUAACCACUUUUAUAAAGCAUUAAUGAAUGUUCAUCCCUUCCAUUGUUGGCGAAUGUGUGAUAGAGUAGACCUGGCACUGCUUGCACAGAACCGAAACAUAAGGCAUUGUCACGAUCUAAAGAUGACAAAGGCCUAUUAUUAUACCUUACCGUAUCACUCUAGGGUAUAAUUGUGUUGUGUACAAAAACACAAUAGCGUAGGAGGCGGUUAUUCCUAAUUUACCGAUCAACGUAGUGGUAAGAAUCAGUAUGGUUAAGUCUGCGUCAUUAUCUACGAAUACAAAAUGUAGAAAGUUUUCAAUAAA